AUGGAGCAACUUCAAGAGAACCAAGUUGUCCUUCAGGAAGAAGUAUCCCAAAUGCGGUCCCAAAUGCGGCAAUUGAUGGAGACUAUUCAAGUAGUCGCAAGAGGCCAGGAGGUUAUGGCAAAAAUGCAAGAAGAAAUGAAUCAACGUGCUAGUACUACCAAUCCUCCUACCUCUCAAACGGUCGAGAAUCCGACUCCAGUUCCUCAAGCUGAUCCUCCAAUUAACAUUAAUACACCCGACAGUGUUCCAAACGACAAUCCUCGUCCUCAUGCUCCUGAGACAGACGACCAACUUGAUGCAUUCUUCAGCCCAAGGGACGUUUCUCAGGAUGACGUCUUCGGUUCCGCAACCAACAAGGUGGAGAGGAAGGUAAAGGCUAUCGAGGAAAAGCUCAAGGCAAUGGGGAGCACUGACAUUUUGGGCCUCGAUGCGGUAGAAAUGUGCUUAGUACCUGGGGUCAUCAUUCCGGCCAAGUUCAAAGUUCCGGACUUUGAAAAAUAUAAGGGAAAUAGCGACCCUAGGACACACAUUAGGGCAUACUGCCGAAAGAUGGCUGCCUAUUCCAGCGAUGAUCAACUUUUAAUGCAUUUUUUCCAAGAUUCCCUCAGUGGGACAUCUUUGGAUUGGUACAUGCAACUCGAGAGCAAUCAUGUUCACACCUGGAGGGAAAUGGCUGAGGCAUUCCUCAAGCACUAUCAGUACAACACUGAUAUGACACCUAAUCGCACGCAGUUGCAAAGUCUGACUCAGAGGUCUGAGGAGUCCUUCAAAGAGUAUGCCCAGCGGUGGAGGGAAUUAGCUGCUAGGGUACAACCCCCGUUACUAGAAAGAGAACUGGUAGACAUGUUUAUGGGAAACUUGCAAGGUCCAUACCUUGAUAGAAUGGUAGGGAGCACCUCUUCAGGCUUUUCAGACCUGGUAUUAGCCGGUGAAAGGAUAGAAAAUAUGAUUAAAAUGGGAAAGAUCCAGAACUCUGCCAGUACUUCUAGUGCAUCAAAGAAACCUUUUGUUCCCUAUGGUAAAAAACGAGAAGGCGAGACCAAUGUUGCCUCCAUCAUUCAUACAAGAAAUCCCACUUAUCCACAAGUAGCUGCCAUAGCUCCCGUCCAACCAAGUCAACAACAACCAUUUGUAAUUCCUGUUCAAACUCAACAACAACAACAGGGAUCACUUGUGCAACUAAGAGAGUUAGGACCCCCACCAGCGGUUCUUCCUCCCGGUUAUGAUGCAAAUUCCCGCUGUGAAUUUCAUUCUGGCGCUCCUGGGCACUCGAUCGAGAAUUGUAAAGCAUUAAAGUACAAAAUUCAAGAUCUUAUUGAUUCUAAGGCAAUCACGUUCGCCCCCAAGGGGCCGAAUGUAAAUAAUAACCCGAUGCCCCCUCACAACAAUGCAUCAGUGAAUAUGAUGGAGGCUGACAAUGGAAGGAGAUUGAUGUCUUGUGUGGACGAGUUAAAAACACCACUCAUCGAGAUCAAGAAUGCUUUAGUGAAGAAUAAUACCUUUCCCAUCUGUAGUAAUGACUGUGAACAUUGUCUGAUUAACCCGCAACAAUGUAGAACACUGAAGUCUGUCAUACAACAAUUAAUGAACCAAGGGAUCUUGGUGGUAGACUGCCCGUCCACAAAGGAAGAUGUGUCUACCCUCGAGAUACCAUACGAUGAAGUCCCUCCUCUGCAAAUUCCAUAUGACUUCUCUCAGUUAACUCUGUCGACAAAUCCUGUUACUUCAAUCGUAAUAACAGUUCCCACACCAUUCCCAUAUGUUGACACCAAGGCAGUCCCAUGGAUGUAUGACACCUCAGUCUACAUUCAUGGUCAGAAGGUGCAAGAAGAACCGUUGAAGUCUAGUGACUCAAUGAUCAAUAUCACCGGCACUAGCGGAGUCACGAGAAGUGGAAGGAUAUUUGCGCCGACACCCACUCCAAUUGGAAGUAUCAAUCCUUCAACUUCAGACAAAGGCAAACAAAUUGAUGGCGCUCAGCAAAGACAAGACCCCGCACCUUCAAGUGAAGUAGACGAGUUCUUACGCAUUAUCAAGAAGAGCGAUUAUCGAGUAGUUGAUCAGCUUAACUAG